AUGGGGCUGACAAAACUUGAGUUCUUGCAUGCUUUACGUGGGACAAUGGAUGGUGUAUUUCUCUUUGAAGAUGUUGCUGUGGAAGACAGUAAAACCAUGCAGGGCUAUGAUGCAAUUGUUGUAGAGCAGUGGACUGUCCUGAAGGGAGUUGAAGUGCAGACAGAUUACGUUCCGCUGCUGAAUUCCCUUGCCGUGUACGGCUGGCAGCUGACGUGCGUGCUUCCUACUCCGAUUGUGAAGACAAACAGGGAGGGGAAUUUAUCUACAAAGCAAAUUGUAUUUCUUCAGAGACCUUCUUUGCCCCAGAAAGCGAAGAAGAAAGAAUCUAAGUUUCACUGGAGGUUCUCCAAAGAAGACAUGCACAACAAACAAAUGAAGAAAUCCACAAAGGCUAAAUUAAGUGCUAGGGAGAAGCAAAUGGCAGAGGAGAAGCAGGAAUUUGAAGUCACAGAGAACACAAGAAACUUAGAAGCACAAAUCUCAACAGCAGCCAAGCCUGAUCCAGAACAGCAGCUGGAUGAUGUCAUAGACUUGGGAGAUGAGGUAGCUGGGACCAACGACAGAGGUACCCAUCACGACGGGGCGUCAGAAGAAACAUGUCCUGCCAGUUACGAUACUGAUGACAAUGACGCACAGGUCUGCCUCGACCAGAGCGCGUCUGGCUGCUGCGCGGAUCAGGCAACAGAGGGGGGAGACUGUGCUCCAGUGUCGGACGGCUGCAAUGGCAGCGGCGGGGCAGGGCUGGACGUGGACUGCGCCUGUGAAUAAGACCUGCGCUUCAAAGAGUCCUGUGAGUUGCUGAUACUUUGCCAAGGCAAAAGAACGGAUUUUGCUAAUCACCAUCGCCAACUCCAUUGCUCAAUUCAGCAUUUCUUUGGCAUUGUACUUGCUUUGCUCCUUAGCACACCGAUACCUUGAUGUUUUAAGUAACUACAGGGCCCGAGCUUUUUAACCCACAGAAAUUAAUUGCAAAAUUCCGUCCACUUUACAGAGUGGGAAAUGCCCUACGCUAUCUCCUAGAGCGACACUUUAAAUUAAAAAGCGGGAACG